AGAAUGGAGAGAGAUCAUGGCUUUAAUUUCAAACUGUUGGUACCUCCCAGAGUAAAUUAUACCGGCCAGGUUAAUGCUGUUCGGCCAAAGGAAAACAAUGCAAACAGCAUUGACUGCUUGAAAACAUUCCAGGGUCACCUGAGAUGUUUUGACCAACAGAAGAGCAUGCCGUUUAACACAAAUGUGGUUGCACCAACUAAGCCAAACAAACCAGACCUUUUAUCUACCAGAGGUGUGUCACCAUUGGAAAUGGCUGAGAGUAUGUGUAGCCCUGGUGAGCUUUAUUCCAAGCUUUUUGAUGAAAUUGAGAAAAUCAAGUUUUGGAAGGUCAAAGUUGAGUCAGAGACAAUGCAGCAGGAAAGAAAGCUCCAAGAAAGCAAAAUAACAAUUGAAACGCAGCGAAAAGCAAUUCAAGAACUGCAGUUUGGAAAUGAAAGUCUUAGCGUAAAGCUAGAGGAGCAAAUUGGUGAAAAUGAAGAUUUAAGAAACAAAAACAGCGCAACAAGGAACCUGUGUAAUAUACUUAAAGAAACAUUUCAGUGGUCAACAGAGAAAAUGCAGUUAUUUGAAUCUGAAAGAGAAGAAACACAUCACCUUUUCCUGGAAAAUAGUGAGAAUAUUAAGAAAAUUGUUGCAGCAUUUCAGAGCCUCAGUAUUCAAGUGGAAGCUGACCAACAAGAAAUGCAGAAAGUCAAAAACCAUGUUCUGCAGUUUGAGGAGCUUAAAGAGAAGUAUCACCAAGACCAUCUCGCAAAAGAGGAAGAGAUUUCAGUGCUUCAGACUAAACUUCAGAAUGGAGAACAUGAACUUCAAACAGUACUAUUCAAACUUAACGAAAUUCAGAAGCACUGCAAAGAGCUUGAGGAGUCAACAAAUCAACAAGCUGAACUUCUUAAGAAUUUAAAUUCUGAGAAGGAGAAUAGUCUUCAAAAACUAAAUGUUGCUGAACAACAAUGUAAAGAUUUGGAAAUAAAAGUACUGGAGGUGGAGGAUAAAUUAUCUGCUGAAAGGAAGAAAAAUGAAGAAGGCGACUUUGAGAUGGAGAGAUUAAAGGAAGAUAUUGUGCAUUACAAAGAGGAAAUAAAGGCUUUGAAAGCAAACAUGGAGAAGGAGAGUCAGAACAAAGAAACUCUGCAGAAGAAAAUGGAAGAACAGAAUGACUCCCUGAAGAAACAAAUAACAAUGGAAACAGAAAAAUCCAGUGAACUUGAAGUUCUAAUCAACAGACUUAAGGAAGAGAUGCAGAAUCUUCAAAGGCUGAGGGACGAAGAGCAUCAGAAGUUGAUUAAGGAACUGGAGUCAAAAUCAACAUUUACUGCAGAGCUUAUGAAUGAGAUUGACAAGCUCAAAGUAUCGACAGCAGAGACUAUUAAAGAGAAGGAAGAAACCGAACUGAAGUGUCAGCACAAGAUAGCAGAAAUGAUCACACUGAUGGAAAAACACAAAAGCCAGUAUGACCGGAUGGUUGAAGAGAAGGAUGCAGAGCUCAAUGAAAUGACAAAGAAAGAAGAGGAGGCCGUUGCCCAUGCAAAGUCACUGAUGUCUGAGUUGUCAACACAGGAGUUAGAAAUUGACCAACUUAAGAAACAGUUGAAGUCAAACACCACAGAGAAGAAAGAAAUGCUAAAGAAACAAAUAGCAGUGGAAAGUGCCAAAUCCAGGACACUUAAUAAAAGGAUCAACAGUCUCAAAGAAGAAAUGCAGAAUGUUCAAAGACAAAAAGAUGAGGAGCAUCAGAAACUGCUGGAGAAUCUGGAGUCUAAAUCUAAAUUUACAGCAGAGCUGAUGAAUGAGGUGGAAAAUCUCAGAAAAACAGCUGCAGAAGCACUCAAGGACAAGGAGGAACGAGAACUGAAGUGUCAGCAGAAGAUAGCAGACAUGAUCACACUGAUGGAAAAACACAAAAGCCAGUACGACCGGAUGCUUGAAGAGAAGGAGGCAGAGUUCAACGAAAAGAUGAAGAAAGAAGAGGAGGCAGUUACCCAUGCAAAAUCACUGCAGGAAGCAGAAUUGGCAGCACAGAAGUCAGAAAUUGAAAGUCUCAAAAACCAAUUGCAGGAAAAAACAACAGAAAAGGAAAACGUGCAGAAGGAACUGACUGAAUUACAAGGAAAGCUAUCUGCUCUGAAUGCGAGCCAGUCCUCUCAAGUGAAAAGCAAACAGUCAGCAACACCAAUUUAUAAACUAAAAGGAAAAUUUGAAACUCCAGAGAUGACUUCUGCAAAGAAUGACAUCUUUAAUUUUACCAAGAACAUAAGAACUCCCUCCAGGAGCAGUGGUGGGAGUACUGCAGCUCUUGGGAAAAUGCGAAUUCUGAACAAAGACCAGAAAACUCCAGGAAGGGAUGUUUCCAAGAUCAAUGGGCAAUCAAAGAUCAAAUCCUACAGAAUAAGAACACCGCCCUUCAAUGAAAAAGCUGCCUGGUGGGAGAAGGGCACCAUUGAGCUGGACCCAAAAUCUGAAGAUUCUGAUCAUCUUGAUCUUCUCACUUUUGCAAAUGGAACAUCACAAAAUGUUUGUGCUCCAAAGUUCAAAGUCAACUUCUCUAAAAAGAUUCAAAGUCCAGUCACGUCUGUCUCACCUGGAAACUCCCUAAAACUAGCUGCAAUGAAAAGAAUGAGGGAUGCGGGCUGGACAGCCGUCACGGGUCUUGAAAAGAGAAAGAAGACCCAGGACAAGAUCUUUGCAUAAGUAUUGCUACUGGAGCAAAGGAAAACAUGCUACUAUUAUUAGAAUGAAUACAUUUAAUACAUUUAAAAUUGAACUUUUCAACAUUUGUUAAAAAAAAGUUGUUUUGGUUCCUUUGCUAAUAGUUCAAAAAUCUGUGAUUAAUACUGUGACAGCAGAUCCACCUUCUAUCAGUUCAUUCUAUUAACGUUCACACAUAACAGAAUUGAUUUUAGUUUAUUUUAUGAAUUUUACUAACAAGUAACAUUGACCAAUUGUUUUAGUGUUCUAGACUGUAGUUCAAUGGAAUUCACUUAGUACUGCUGUUGGUUAUCUUUGUUCUUUAUUCCCAAUUGUCUCUAAUGGAAAAUGUAACAUGUUUGGAAUUGAAGUUUCAACCUAAACAUGCCAAGUUUUGGUGAACAAAUGGAUUAUUUUAUUGUUUUGGGAACAGUGAGGACAACACCAAUUUGCUUGAUGGGGUCAAACCCUAUUGAAAGUCGAGCAGACAUAUUUUUUUUGCACUAAAAAUUUCGACGUGUGUUGAAACUGUAACAUGUUAUUUAAUAUUGUUUUAUCUAUUAAGAUGCAAGUUCCAGAUUUAAAAUGUGCAAUUUUGAAAUAUAACUAAUAUUACUACUAACUUUCAGAGUAGAAGAUAAUUGUCAUCUUCUUUUCAUGUAUGUGUCUCAACUCUUGUUACUGAAAACAUUAAAGUGUAGUGAGGAGAACUUG